CAAUCACAACAACACACACACACACACACAGACAACUAAAAACUAGCUGUGCUACAAAUAAAAUACAUCAACUGUCUAGUUUCAUAAUGGCAACUCAUCAAAGCAUUUCGGUCUGAUAUGAAUGGAUUUUGACAAAACGUAUUGGUUAGAUCAACUACGAGCAAACCGGAAGAGUAUGGCGAGCGUUGGAGUGGGGGAGAACGGGUCGAGUGAGAGUCUCGGACCCAUCCUCGAAGGGACACAGUUGUCGUAUCUUGAACACAGCGCUACAAAGAUACCCGAUCAACUCGGCCAGUGGUAUGGCAAACAGGUCACGAGGCUUGACCUUAGCUUCAAUCACAUCAGCUCGUUACAGGGCCUUGAAAGAUUUGUCAAGCUAGAGGAGUUAGUGUUAGAUCAGAACGAGCUGGAUGAUGCCCUGCGGAUACCUCAUAUGCCAACACUACACACACUGGUACUCAACAAAAACAGAAUCAAAGAUUUAGACAGUUUGAUCGACCAGCUGAAGUUCCAGUGCCCUAAGCUGACCUACCUGAGCCUCCUCGGUAAUGAAGCGUGUCCGAACGAACUGACGGACCUGGAGAAAGAUGAAGACGACUACCAAAGAUACAGAUACUACGUUAUCUACAAAUUGUCAGGGUUACGCUUCCUGGACUCGAGGCAAGUUUCCCAGAAGGAGAAGAAAGAGGCAGCUAGAGUAGGCUCCUACAUGAGGGUUGUUAAAGUCACUGCGGAACCGGACCAAGCAAAACAAGCAGACUCGCCUGAUGGACGUCCACCAUAUAACCCCCUCCCUGAAAUUGCCAGAGAAACAGAACAGCAUCAAGGAACUUUUGGAAAGUGUCGCUAUGUGUACUACGGUCGCCAUUCAGAAGGUAAUAGGUUUAUUCGCAAUACCGAUCUGUGAGAGGAACCAUUAAUCAGGAUUAAUUUUGCUGUAGACAGAAGCUCUACCUUCCCUUCAAACUUCAAUAUCAUCUUCUUUUUCUUGGUAUUUACUGGUUUCUGUCGUUUACUUUUUAGUUUAUUUGAAGUAUUCCAAUAGCGGAGUUCUAUUUGUUCCUAGUUCAUUUAAUCUAGAGAUGUAUACAUAGAUGCUUUGAAAGCACCUUAGCUCGCAGGAGUUUUCUUCUAAUGGGAUACCAUGUCAGAUUCAUUGUGUGUAAAUGGUUCCCUGCCUAUUUUUUUCAACGUGACGCCACAUGGCAAGACCAGGCACUUCGCAGAUACAGUGAAAUGGUGGGUCACUGUAGUAGUGUGGUUAGACUGCAUGACUUGCAAUCACAAGGUUGUGAGUGCGAAUCCCCCAAGCUAACCACUGAUUUCACAAUGACUAGAAUAAGUGUUGUUGUCUAGUAACUGAAUCACAAUUUCUUGAUUUGUGCAAUUCAUAGCCAUUGACGUUAAACCAAUAUUGUUUGAGUUGAGAGAGAUUGGCUGUCGCCAGCUCUGUGUUUACAUCCCCUCACACCGAAUUCGAGGUAUGAAGUGCUUGGUUUGGGCUUGGAGUGUCACAAUAUUCCCUGUAGAUUGGACAGAGGUUAAUGUAUUUAAUGCUGUGUCGGAUCAGAAGUCUUGACAAUUUAUAAUCAUCUUUUACAUCUUGUCGACUUGACCCUCCUAAUGUUUAACAACUUUAGAGCUUAAACUCGGUUCCCUAGUUGACUUUCACAAUUGACCAUACAUUUCGUGAGCGUUUUAUGGUUUUUCUUUGCAUCACAAUUUCAGGCUCAUCUUAUUUUAACUGUGUGUAUGUUGUAUUCUGGCAUCAGUUAGGAUAUACACAAAAGUAACAACAAUGAACAAAAAAAGGUUUGCUUACUUGUUUUUGCAUCACGUGAAUUCGGUUGACAGAAAAAUAAUUAAAAUACACAUUUAAAAAGGCGAAUGAGAUGGUGCUAAUAAAGCCAGCAGAGGGCACCGAUAUUUUUUUAAUUAAUAAUAUAAAAUAUCUUAUUUAUCCAAGAAAUGAUGCCGGUUAAUUUUUAAAAAUUCAAUCAAUUUGAAAACAAAUUGCUGUCAUUGACACAGGGAAAUAACAAAAAUAACUCGUAGUAAAAGUAACAGUUUAUGUAAUAUGUAAGAAGAGAAUGCAAUUGAUUUAGUGAUAUGACUAAUUUAUAAUAAUGAUAUUUUGAUACUAAUUUUGAUAUGAAUAAUGUCUGUAUGCUUAUUUAUGAAAGGGCAAGGGCACCAAGGCAUUUUCUCCUUAAGAAAAAAGGCACCCUGUGAGUAAAUUGUAAGUUUCUACUGAAGCAUUUCAAGGGCACCAAGGCAAUCGCCUUCAUUGCCUCCAUGAAGUAUCAGGCCUGAAAUUUAGAAACUUGGUUCAUUUUAUGAAUUUUUUGUAUUGCGCUAUUACUUUGUAGUUUAUGCUGAGGUGGUUGUCAGAUGGAUUCAGCAAAUUGUAAAGCAAGUGGAAAUCUGUAUAUAUUGCAGUCAUACAAAGUCAUAUUAACACUUGUUUCAUAUUCUCUUAAAACUGCUCCAACAUUGCUGGGUUGCUGGCAGCGCAAAGUUUGGUUUACAAAUUAAUGGGAAAAAUCUUGUUUAAAAAAGAAAUUAUGCAAAUAAAGUGUCUCGUUCAAUAAUUUAAACAAUUUCUUUUGACGGGAGGUCAAUUUCUUUGUCGGUGCUUAAAAGGUAUACUGUACAUGUUUAUCGUUUACUGUUUUUCUUAGUUCAAUUGCCAUUCAAUUAAUUGAACAACAAAUAAUGUAAAACUAAUUAUAUUUGAAGUUGAAUAACACUUCAAGCAGAACUGUU